UCUCUCUCUGCCUUUUCCUCAGUUUUCUCUGCCUCCCUUUUCAUUUCUUUUCUGUGAUUCUUACAGCUAGAAAUGAAUGGAGAAACGAGCUUUGAACAUGGCUUGGAACCUGAUUGUUUAGAGUUUGUUGAAGUUGAUCCUACCGGAAGAUAUGGAAGGUAUAAUGAGAUUCUGGGCAAAGGGUCUUCAAAAACAGUCUACAAGGCGUUUGAUGAGUAUGAAGGAAUUGAAGUAGCAUGGAACCAGGUGAAGCUCCAUGAUUUGCUGCAAAGUUCAGAGGAUCUUGAGAGAUUGUACUGUGAAAUCCACCUCCUCAAGACCUUGAAACAUGAAAACAUCAUGAAAUUCUACACUUCUUGGGUUGAUACUGAUAACAGGAACAUCAACUUCGUCACUGAAAUGUUCACGUCCGGUACUCUCAGACAGUACAGGCUAAAACAUAGAAGAGUAAACAUCCGAGCCGUGAAGCAUUGGUGUCGACAGAUCUUGCGAGGGCUUCUCUAUCUACAUAGCCAUGACCCCCCUGUCAUUCACCGGGACCUCAAGUGUGACAACAUUUUUAUUAAUGGAAAUCAAGGGGAGGUCAAGAUCGGUGACCUCGGCCUGGCUGCGAUUCUCCGUAAAUCCCACGCCGCUCGUUGUGUCGGAACACCGGAGUUCAUGGCUCCGGAGGUGUAUGAAGAGGAAUACAAUGAACUAGUUGACAUAUAUUCUUUCGGGAUGUGCAUAUUGGAGAUGGUCACUUUCGAAUAUCCAUACAGUGAAUGCACUCAUCCUGCUCAGAUUUAUAAGAAAGUUGUUUCGGGGAAAAAGCCUGAAGCUCUAUACAAGGUAAAGGAUCCUGAGGUUAGAGAGUUCAUCGAAAAAUGUUUAGCCACCGUUUCCCAUCGGCAUACUGCCAUGGAGCUUCUAAGAGACCCUUUUCUUCAAAUUGAAGAUUACGGAUCCGAGUUGAGAUUAUUAGAGUACCAAAGGGACGACUAUGAUGCAGGGCCCCUCUUGAGGCAACCUCUUUAUGAUGUUCACUUUAGUAACAACAGCUCUUUGAUCAAUGGAUACACCAAUUAUCUCGGUUAUGGACCCGAGUGUGAUAUUGGCUAUAACUCGCUCGACUAUGAAGCAAGUGAAAUCGAUCUUUUUUCUAGGCAAGAAGAUGGUCAUUCGGGAGAUGUUGACCUUAUAAUCAAGGGCCAGAGGAGAGCAGACGAUGACAUCUUUUUGAGGCUCAGAAUUGCAGAUAAAGAAGGUCGAAUACGAAACAUCUACUUCCCAUUCGAUGUCGAGUCCGAUACAGCAUUAAGUGUUGCCACUGAAAUGGUUGCAGAGCUUGAUAUGACUGACCAAGAUGUCACGAAAAUAGCAGAUAUGAUUGAUGGUGAGAUUGCAUCUUUGGUACCGGAGUGGAAGAGGGGCCCGGCCAUAGAAGAAAAUUCAAAGUGCAUUUAUUCGAGUUUCUGUCAAAAUUGUUCUUCAAAUGGCCAUCUAUCGGAUUACUUUACAUCGAGUAGUGCAGGCACCAAGAAUCUGCAAGUCCUCGAGUGCUCGAAACACAGCUGUACCACUGUCCAUGGCCGUUUUGAAGAGAUCAAGUACCAAGUUGGAGGGCCCGAACAAUGUGCUUCAGAAGGUGCAGAGGCUGCCAUUAGCCAAUCGGAUAGUAUCCAUUAUGCUGAUAUAUGGGGUCAACGGGAAGGAUCGGAACAAAUUCCUCCAGGUCCAAAGGAUAUCCACUGCAAUGAGGAAGCAAAUGAAAUGUCCGAGCAAUCGAUGUUCGGAAAGGAGGAAAGAAUUAUUAGCGUAGAUAGUCGAAGUGAUUCCAAUACAAGGAACUCCCUUUCUGCCUACAGUUCGAUAGAUUCCGGUUUAUUGGAUGAUUAUGAGAAUGAGAUUAGGCAAGAACUGAGAUGGCUAAAAGCCAAGUAUCAAAUGCAGUUGAGAGAACUUAGAGACAAACAAUUAGGAAGUAAACCGAAAUAUCCUAGCUUGACCCAAAGUAGUUUCAAUGACUCGGAGAACGACAACGAUAUCAAAGCUCCCGUGUCUUCAUUUUCGACACCCCCUAACAGAGAAACCAACGGACCUCGCCUGCAAUCGAUACCCUCAGGAAAGCAACUCACUCUAUUUUCUCCUACUAGUGAGAAAAAAUGUGCCAGUUUUGCUAACCAAGGAGUCCAUCAUUCCGACGCAAUUAACUCGUCUUAUAAUCCGAAGACGGUAGCCUCCGCCAAGAGCUUCUACGUCGGUGCAUUGCUUCCGCACCCGCUUCACCGUGCAGCAUCCCUUCCGGUCGAUGCCGUAGAUGUGUAGAGGCUGCAGAGUUUUGCUCAUUUAUAUUCACCAAGUCAGUGAAGUUUUAUUGUAUAUUACCCCUUUACAUUAAAGCAUGAAAAAAUGUUCCACUCUCUUCUGAAUCCACAUUGAUUCUUUGUCA